CGCCCCCGGGCACGGGCCAAUAGAGUUGGCCGGGAAGCUGGCACCGCCUCCUGGAGGCCGCAAGGUUUCACUGCAGGAGAACACUAGGCUCAGUGACGCUGCGGCCGCCGCUAGCCUAGGUCGGAACGCUGCGGAGCGUGGGGGUGCGGUCCUGCAAUAGGAAGCCUAGAGUAUUGCAAGCUUCCCGUUGGGCACCAGCUACCCGGUCCCGCGCCACACCCAGUGCAUUUCCCGGACACCCCCGGGGCCCCCACCUGUGGACCCCGGAGUCCCCUUCCCGCGCCGGCCAUGCCGCUAAGCCGCAGUUUGUCCGUGUCCUCACUGCCAGGACUGGAGGAUUGGGAGGAUGAAUUCGACCUGGAGAACACGGUGCUCUUCGAGGUGGCCUGGGAGGUGGCCAACAAGGUGGGUGGCAUCUACACGGUGCUGCAGACGAAGGCCAAGGUGACAGGGGAUGAGUGGGGUGACAACUACUACCUCGUGGGACCAUACACGGAGCAGGGAGUGAGGACCCAGGUAGAACUGCUUGAGCCCCCCACCCUGGGCCUGAAGAGGACCCUGGACUCCAUGAACAGCAAAGGCUGCAAGGUGUAUUUUGGGCGCUGGCUGAUCGAGGGAGGCCCCCUGGUGGUGCUCCUGGACGUGGGGGCCUCAGCCUGGGCCCUGGAGCGCUGGAAGGGGGAGCUCUGGGACACCUGCAACAUCGGGGUGCCAUGGUAUGACCGUGAGGCCAAUGAUGCUGUCCUCUUUGGCUUCCUCACCACCUGGUUCCUGGGUGAGUUCCUGGCCCAGAGCGAGGAGAAGCCACAUGUGGUUGCGCACUUUCACGAGUGGUUGGCGGGUGUAGGGCUUUGCCUGUGCCGAGCCCGGCGGCUGCCCGUGGCUACCAUCUUCACCACCCAUGCCACGCUGCUGGGACGUUACCUGUGUGCCGGUGCUGUGGACUUCUACAACAACCUGGAGAAUUUCAACGUGGACAAGGAAGCAGGUGAGAGGCAGAUUUAUCACCGCUACUGCAUGGAGCGGGCAGCUGCCCACUGUGCUCACGUCUUCACUACUGUGUCCCAGAUCACUGCCAUCGAGGCACAGCACCUACUCAAGAGGAAACCAGAUAUUGUGACCCCCAAUGGACUGAAUGUGAAGAAAUUCUCUGCCAUGCAUGAGUUCCAGAACCUUCAUGCCCAGAGCAAGGCUCGAAUCCAGGAGUUUGUGCGGGGCCAUUUUUAUGGGCAUCUGGACUUCAACUUGGACAAGACCUUGUACUUCUUUAUUGCUGGCCGCUACGAAUUCUCCAACAAGGGGGCUGACGUCUUCCUGGAGGCCUUGGCCAGGCUCAACUAUCUGCUCAGAGUGAAUGGCAGUGAACAGACAGUGGUCGCCUUCUUCAUCAUGCCGGCUCGGACCAAUAAUUUCAAUGUGGAAACCCUCAAGGGCCAAGCCGUCCGCAAGCAGCUUUGGGACACAGCCAACACAGUGAAAGAGAAAUUCGGGAGGAAGCUUUAUGAGUCCUUGCUGGUGGGGAGUCUCCCAGAUAUGAACAAAAUGCUGGACAAGGAGGACUUCACAAUGAUGAAGAGAGCCAUCUUUGCCACGCAGCGGCAGUCCUUCCCCCCUGUGUGCACCCACAAUAUGCUGGAUGACUCAUCGGACCCUAUCCUGACCACCAUCCGCCGAAUCGGCCUCUUCAAUAGCAGUGCCGACAGGGUCAAGGUGAUUUUCCACCCAGAGUUCCUUUCCUCCACGAGCCCCCUGCUUCCUGUGGACUAUGAGGAGUUUGUCCGAGGCUGCCACCUUGGGGUUUUCCCCUCUUACUAUGAGCCUUGGGGCUAUACACCAGCUGAGUGUACCGUUAUGGGCAUCCCCAGUAUCUCCACAAACCUCUCCGGCUUCGGCUGCUUCAUGGAGGAGCACAUCGCAGACCCAUCAGCUUAUGGCAUCUAUAUUCUGGACCGGCGGUUCCGCAGCCUGGACGAUUCGUGCUCGCAGCUCACCUCCUUCCUCUACAGCUUCUGCCAGCAGAGCCGGCGGCAGCGCAUCAUCCAGCGGAAUCGCACAGAGCGCCUCUCCGACCUUCUGGAUUGGAAAUACCUAGGCCGGUACUAUAUGUCCGCGCGCCACAUGGCCCUGGCCAAGGCCUUUCCGGAUCACUUCACCUACGAGCCCCACGAGGCAGAUGCGGCCCAGGGCUACCGCUACCCACGGCCGGCCUCAGUGCCGCCGUCUCCCUCGCUGUCACGACACUCGAGCCCACACCAGAGCGAAGAUGAGGAGGAACCCCGCGACUCGCUGCCGGAUGAGGACGGGGAGCGCUACGACGAGGAGGAGGAGGCUGCCAAAGACAGGCGCAACAUCCGCACCCCUGAGUGGCAGCGGCGCUCCUCUUCCGCCUCUUCUACUGGAGGGAGCAAGCGCAGCUCAGUGGACACAGCGCCCUCCAGCACUGUCAGCACCCCCAGCGAGCCCCUCAGCCCCGCCAGCUCCCUGGGCGAGGAACGCAACUAGGUCUCCCGCCCCACACUCCACCCCACCCUCCCAACCCCCUUCUGGCCUGCCUUCCUCUUCCAGAGGGUGGAUACAAGGGGUUGUGCCCAAACCCCACUCCAGAUCCCGAACCUUCAGUGGGAUCCACAGCCCUGCCACCCAUUCCACUCCAGUCGCUCCUGCUCCAUGCUAGGAGCUAAGAGUCCCCACACUCCAAAAUCGACAACAUUGUGCCUUUCUCCGGUUUCAGAAUGCAUACACUAUGCUCCGGAGUCCCCCAAGCCUGGCGCAGGUCCCAGAGACCAGUAAUCUGCCAUUACCCUGUGGUGCCAGAGGUUUUAGAAAACCAGGUCUGUUGCUUUCCAGGCUGAGACUUCUACAGCCCUUUAUGGCUUGUAAAUUCUAGAAUGUACAGAGCAUACAAUGCCAUAAGCCUGGCCUGGAGGCCACCAAGCAUGGCGUUCCUGUUAAUGGGACAAUCAAGUCCAGAGCCCAGGCCAUUUCAGGGACUUAAGAUAAUGGAAUUCAGGAGGUCUUCCAUUUCAACUCCAGAAUCUGGGCUUCAGGACAGGGUGCUCAUGUGUUUACUCUGGCCCCACCUCACCCGGGGUGCCCAGUUUUCCCUGGAGGAUCCCUCUUUCCCACCCCCACUGGCUAGGUUUAGUGGCCACCCAGCUCCCAUCGUCCCCUGCACUUUGGCCAGCAAGGGGUGGUGGAACCGCUUGGCUCCACAUUCCUGCUGGAGAACAUGCGGAGUUGGUCUAGACACCUUUCUGGCCUUUCCCGGUCCAGACCCUACUCCUUCCCUGAGUUUGAGCUCUCCCUCAGGUCUUAAGACUCCUUCAGUGCCCUCCAGGGAAUCCCUGCUGCUGAGGACUGAGAUGACCGUCUCCCACCACGAAACCACUGGGUUAUAGGUCCCACUUGCCGAAUGUAGACCCUUUACCACUGUGCUACACCCUAGUCCCUCUUCCCUGAUCCGGAAUGGAGCCCCCUGGGUUCUGAAACUCCCACAUUUACCUUGAGGCUCUUCCGUCCCUGAGCUGUGCCCUGCCCCCAGCUUCAGUGACAGAGAGGGGUCUCUCACGUGUGCUGUGUCAGAUACACUGCUUGGUUUGUAAUUAGGAGAGGGAGGGCAGAAGGGGUAUGAUUGGAGUGUGUCCAGAGAUGAAAAAAAUACACCUAUAUUUAAGCCCAGGUUUGGUCCCACAUGAGGGCUUGGUGGCCUCUCCUAGCCCUUCCCUCCUCUUGGUUUUAGUCCUGCACCCUGUCCCCUCCUUCUUCCUCUGGGUCCCUGGUCCUUUGUCUCUUCCAGCUGUCCUGGAGAAACUUGCACUGCUACUCUAGAUCCCAGCCUUAUUUUUCUGUUUUGCUUAGUUGGGACUUGACUGCAAUUGACAGAAACUUUGUUCAAGCUCUCUUAGGCAUAAAGGGGCUGUAUCAUGGCAAGGAGGAUCCAUAGGGUAGCCACUAGCCGAGUGUGGCUAUUUAAAUUUAAAUCGGUUCUUCUGUAUCACUAUUGUUGUGUGCCAUUCUGACUCAUACUGAUCCUAUAGGACAGAGUAGAACUGCUCCACAGGGUUUCUAAGACUGCCAUCUGUACAGGAGCAGAUCGCCAGGUCCUUCCUUCCUGCCUCUGAGCCACUGGGUGGGUUCAAAUUACCGACCUUUCAAUUAGCAGCCAAACAACCAUUGCACCACCAGAGCUCCUUUCAAUAGCACUAGCCAUAUGUGCUAUGUGCCCUACUGAACACAGAUUUAGCACAUUUGCAUUGCAUAUGACAGAACUGAUUUAGAACAUGCUUUCAUGACUAUGGCUCCCAUACUCUCCACUGGAUGACUGUAUUUUCAGGAAAAAUUUUUGCCUUGUAGUUCUAGUCUUCAUUAGGCUUUAUGUGCAUCUCUGAGGCAAUUACUACUCAGGGGAGUGGGCAGCUCUGAUUGGCUGGGCUUGACCCUGUGAGAUCAUCCCUACUCCCCCAAAUCAGGGGAGGGAUGUGCUGAGCAGGCCACCAGUAGGUGUUCCUCAGCCACUUCCUCUCUCAGAUUCCUCUUCUACUGAAAAACAGGCAAGGGGCGGGGGGGGGUCAGCACUGACACAGCAGUUUUGUAGCUUGGACCCAAAGAUGACAUGACGCAUUUCCAGUUCUCAUUUGGAGAAUUUGGCCCCUAAGUUUCACAUCCCAUUUCUUUACUGAGCCCCAAAUCCCUUGCUCAGCACCUCUCGCCCAUCAUCCACCCCAGCUGCUCAGAUCCAAGCUGUUAUUACCUAGCAUGUGCCUUGUGUCGCAGAUACCACAGCAUUCGAAAGGUGGGCUCUGAUCUCUAGAACUUAAGACCAACAAAAACCCACGCAGUGCCUUACAAGGACACCUUCAUAAACCGAGGGGGGUGUAGCAGGCCUGGGAAGUGGUCAGAUUCAGGUGUACCUCCAGGUCGCCCUAAGAAUUCACAGUUGUUAGUUGCUGUAGAGAUGGUUGUGACUCACGGCAAUCAUCUGUGUGUCACGUAGAAUUGCACUCCAAUAGUUUUCAAGGCUGUGACCUUUCAGAAGCAGAUACCCAGGCCCAUCUUCCAAGACAUCCCUGGGUAGGCUCAAACCACUGACCUUUCAGCUAGUAGUUGAGCAGCUAACUGUGUCGUAAAUUUCCCCAUAUAAUGAGGAUAAUUAUUUCAUCUACCCCCAAGGAUUGAGCCAGAGAUAGUAGCUGUUUAAGAGGUUGGCACAGAGCCUGGCCCCAUAAUUGCUCAUUAAGCAACACCUGUUUCUAAUUACUUUUACUCCCUGUAACAAUGCCUGGGUCUGCCACCAAACCCUCCCUGGAGUCUGGGCUCUACCAUCAAGGAGAGAAAGUUAACAGCCAAGGCAAACAGAACUGAAGCUACCCCGUACACAACCCCCCUGGAAAAAGUCCUGCCUUAGAAUAUAAGAUAAUGAAAGAUAGGGCCCCCUCUCCCUGCCAGCACAGCCUGAAGACCUGUGAAAACAGAUUAUAACUCCUUUUCCACACCAUACACACAACACCAGUAGCUGCUGCAAAAAGCUUUAUUGUUUCCAUUUGGUCCACGGCUUGGGAGAGGGCCCUCCAGGGUGGUUCAGAUGCUGCCUAAAAGCUAAAGGGAGAAAUUCAGGCAAAAGCCUGAUGAGGACAGAAGAUUGCAGAGGGGCCCUCACAGGAGGCUCUGGAGGCUCCUAGUCAUGCUUGAGGGUGAGCCUCUCAAAGAGAUAUUCGCCCAGCCCAGCCUGGGGCCCGGCCAGCCUGCGGAUGUUGGUCAGGUGGUCGCCUAUCUUCUUGAUGAGUUUCACCUCCUCAUCUAGGAAAUGUCUCUCCAGAAAGUCACAGAGCUGAGGAAUAAGAAAGGAGAAAUAAGAAACGCAGUUCCUGAGAAAGAGGGAGGCAAAUGUGGUCCUCAGAAAGCAAUCUGCCCAGUAUAUCAAAGAAGAAAGCAGGCUCAGACUGUAAGGUUAAACGCCAGGGAAGGUCUGAGGAGGGGCUGCAACGGAUGAAGGCGGUACCUACAUGCGGGUCUGCCUGGGCAGAAGCCACCACGUGCAGAUCCAGAAAGGCCUGGUUCAGGGUCUUCUCCAGGGCCAGGGCAGCUUCCAUGGCGUCCAGGGUAUUACCCCACUCAUCUUGGGACGGCUUCUGUACAAGAAAAAGACGACUCACAACUAUUCACACAUCUGGCAAACACCUAAAACCUACAUUUCCCAGAAGUCCCUGAGGAUAAUGGACCUGCAAGGAUGCUUGAUCUAUCACGCCAAGCCUCCUACAACUUUGCCUCCCAUGAGACCACCCAGUAGCCUGGCCGGCCACUACUUGGGAAAGCACCUUUACUUCGCCCAAAAACAAACCCAGACAGGAUCGAACCCAAUCUCCUAAGAAUCCGCUACAGCGCCUACAGAGCAGCUGUCCAAAUGCCCUGUGCGGAAGGCCUGCUGGGAGAUGUAGUCCGUGGCCCACACGCCACUUACCUGCACAUCCUGGAAGAGGGCGCGGCCGCCACGCUGGUUCUGCAGCUUCAAAAGAGUCUCGGCACCCUCGCGCUUCUCCUUCGACAGCUCGCGGAAGAAGUGUCCCACGCCUUCCAAGGCCACAUCGUCGCGGUCGAAGUAGAAGCCCUACGGGAGGUAGAGGGAACAAAGGUUAAUGGAAGGCGAGGCCAGGCGAAGGACUCCGCCCUCUGCUAUCCAACGGGACAAAGAAGGUCCGCGCGUGCGCACAGGGCCGGAGGUGCGCAGCUAGGGAAAACAUGGGCCGGGGGCGUCUCGGGGACCCUUACCAGAGAGAGGUAGGUGUAGGAAGCCCGCAGAUGCAGGUUGACCAGGCGGUUGACGCCGGCCUCCGCUUCAGCGGAAUAAUUCUGACUGAUCUGAGAGCUCAUGGUUCGUCGACGAUUAGGAGCUAACUACAAAAAACGGUGUUAGCUGGUCCUGGAAACAGGGGAUGGCCAAGAAGAUGGUCCCAGAGGUUGCGCGUAGGA